CCGCUUCGGGCCCCGGCCCGGGCCGGCCGCGGUGCCUGACGGGACACACAGUCCGCAGGCAACGCCGCGCUACGGCCCCCGCGGGCGGAGCUCGGGAGCCACCUGCGCCCCUUUGGGAACAGCGCGAGGCGGCGGCGGAAAAGGGCGGGCGGGGGCAGGGCAGCGGCCCGGCAGCACUGACACUGCCGGCGCCGCGGUGCGAGGCGGCUGGUGCUGCCGCCGCCGCCGCCGGGGUCACACAGCCCACCGCGGGCCUAGAAAGGGCAGCCGGUCCCCGGCUGUGACAGCUCACCGCUUUUAUGCGCCCGAAGUGGCGUGUCCGGCAGCCGUUCCACUCCUCCCCUCUCCUGAUUGGUCGCCGGGGCAGCGCCGCGCCCAGCGAUUGGCUCAAGAUCGAUCUUUCACACUUGUCCCCAGAGGAGAGAUGGAGGGUGGAGCAUGUACGGAUGCAUGCCAAGCACCGUGGGCACGAGGCGAUGCAUGCCGAAAUGGUCCUCAUCCUCAUUGCCACACUUGUGGUGGCACAGCUCCUCCUGGUUCAGUGGAAGCAGCGGCAUCCUCGCUCCUACAAUAUGGUGACCCUCUUCCAGAUGUGGGUAGUGCCUCUGUAUUUCACUAUCAAGCUGAACUGGUGGCGGUUCCUGGUGAUCUGGGUGCUCUUCUCAGCUGUCACAGCUUUUGUCACCUUCCGGGCAACUCGAAAACCUCUGGUACAGACAACACCCAGACUGGUUUAUAAAUGGUUUCUACUAAUAUACAAGAUCAGCUAUGCUACUGGGAUUGUGGGGUACAUGGCUGUCAUGUUUACGCUUUUUGGACUUAACCUAUUAUUCAGAAUCAAACCUGAAGAUGCGAUGGACUUUGGCAUCUCCCUCCUCUUCUAUGGUCUUUACUAUGGAGUGCUGGAACGGGACUUUGCUGAGAUGUGUGCGGAUUACAUGGCCUCAACCAUCGGGUUCUACAGCGCCUCAGGGAUGCCCACCAAGCACCUCUCUGACAGCGUCUGUGCCGUCUGUGGCCAGCAGAUCUUCGUGGAUGUCAAUGAGGAAGGCAUCAUUGAGAACACCUACCGCCUCUCCUGCAACCACGUGUAUCCUUCUCUGCAGUUCCCCUUAACGUGCCACUCCCCAGGUUUCAUGAGUUCUGCAUCCGGGGCUGGUGCAUUGUCGGGAAGAAGCAGACGUGUCCAUACUGCAAAGAGAAGGUGGAUCUCAAGAGGAUGUUCAGUAAUCCCUGGGAGAGGCCACACGUCAUGUAUGGGCAGCUGCUGGACUGGCUGCGCUACUUGGUGGCCUGGCAACCGGUGAUCAUCGGACUGGUCCAGGGAAUCAACUACAUCCUCGGGCUGGAGUAAGGGCAGGCGGUGGGGAGCCGCAGAACCACAAGAGGACAUUGCCACCAGGGAUGCCGGCUUUGCUCCGUCACCUCUCAGGACCUUGGCCGUCACCAAGGACAGCAACAUCAGGGCCCCUCCUGCUGGGGCUAGGGGAGGAUUUUUUUAAAAAGCAAUUAUUUUAAUGAUCAUAUUUAAAACUUUCUAUUGCAGCCAAAAAGAGACGCUUGUCCCCUUUCCCUGUCCCUUUCCAGCCCUUUGCAGUGCCCUGCUGGGCUGAGCUUUGGGCUGGGGGCUGUUCUCCAGCUCCUUCCUGCCACUCUGUCAGGGGAGGCCGUGGCAAGAAGGGCCAAGGCUUUUUCGGCUCCCAACACCAGCACCCUGGAGCAGCCUUGCUGGCAGCGAGGAUGGGAUAUGGGGGCUGCAGAAGAGAGGCUGGAGCCCAGUGCCCUGAAAGAGGGGAUGGAAGGUCACCUGGCUACCCCCGGCUGCCAGGUCCGCUCUGGGCACCGUGGGUAUGCCAGCAGGAACCAGGCUGCUGUCCAGCAUGGUGAUGGUGGGCUCUGCCUUGGGGAGCCCUUUUAUAUGCUCUCAAACUUUCUGUGUUCCUCCCUGGACUCCAGCGGUGUCCCCUGACUGCUCGGGGAGGGGGGUCAGCCAAGGCAUGGAGUGGGGCCAGUGCUGUUCCUCUCUGUGCCCUUCUGGGUGGUGGUAAUGGUACGUCAAGAGCAGGUGCCCCUGCCCCAGGGCGCAGGUCCGCCCUCACUGCUUGUUGCUCUUGGCACUGGAAUAAAAGGGAUGGAGUGAAGGUUGGGCUGGUGCUGGUGUGUCCCUGCCCCAGCAUUACUCCAUGACAUCCUCCUGGCCUUGCUGGUAGGAGCCAUGCCAAAGUCCUGCUGGGGCAAGUGGCCUUGGGCUCAAUUUUUGGUAGUGGGUGGGGGCAAAGUCCUCAAUCCCAGGGCCAGCGGUGGUAUUUUGGCAUGUGGAGACUUGAGUCAUAUUCCCUGAGGGCACUGGGGUCUGGUGCAGGGCUACAAGGCAGCUCCUGGCUUGGGGGAUUUGGGAAGUGGCCACAGUGCUGACAUGGCUGUGUGGGCUGUGUUCCCCCUGGGGAAUCCCAGCACCGUGCUACAUCCUCUGAGUUUUCUUUUGAGUGAAACCACAUAGCAGUGUUGUGCCAAACACCAAAAUAAGAGCCCUGGAAAAGGA